UGAAAUGGAACUUGUCGGGCGCCCAUAUCGAUUCCUGUCGUGACGCCAGUGCAUCGUCUAAUUCAUCUGCCACUAUGGAUCCCUCAGUCCCCAUCGUCGUCGACAACGGUACAGGUUUUGUCAAAGUGGGCUAUGCAGGCAGCAACUUCCCUGAGCAUGUAUUCCCUUCUAUUGUUGGACGGCCCAUUCUACGUGCAGAGGAGCGCGUCGGCUCGUCUGUCAUCAAAGACAUCAUGGUCGGCGACGAGGCUGCGGAGAACCGUAACUACCUGCAGGUGACCCAGCCGAUGGAGCAUGGCAUCGUGCGCAAUUGGGAAGACAUGAAAUACCUUUGGGACUACACGUUUGACGAGAAGCUCAAGAUCGACCCAAAGGGACGCAAAGUGCUUCUCACCGAGCCGCCGAUGAAUCCCAAGGCGAACAGGCAGCGGAUGUGUCAGGUUAUGUUUGAGGAUUAUGGCUUCGGCGGUGUAUACGUCGCAAUUCAGGCAGUACUAACUCUCUAUGCGCAAGGUUUGACAACUGGUGUGGUCGUCGACUCUGGAGAUGGCGUGACACACAUUGUGCCUGUGUAUGACGGCUUUGCGCUUCCUCACCUCACGCGACGACUCGACAUUGCUGGACGGGACGUCACUCGCUAUCUCAUCAAGCUUCUGCUCAUGCGCGGAUACGCGUUCAACCGUACAGCCGACUUUGAGACCGUGCGAGAGAUCAAGGAGAAGCUCUGUUAUGUCAGUUACGACUUGGACCUCGACACCCGGCUCUCAGAAGAGACCACUGUGCUCGUCGAAAGCUACAAUCUUCCAGACGGUCGGACAAUUAAGAUUGGCUCUGAGCGCUUCGAAGCUCCUGAGUGCAUGUUCCAGCCACACCUCGUAGAUGUCGAGCAGCCAGGUGUUGCAGAGAUGCUCUUCCAGACCAUCCAAAACGCAGCCGUCGACGUUCGUUCUGAGCUGUACAAGCACAUCGUCCUGUCCGGAGGUUCGUCCAUGUAUCCCGGGCUGCCAAGUCGCCUCGAGAAGGAGAUGAAGCAGCUCUAUUUGACGCGUGUCCUCAACGGCGAUCCAUCGCGCUUGAACAAAUUCAAGAUCCGCAUCGAAGACCCGCCGCGCCGGAAACACAUGGUCUUCCUCGGCGGUGCCGUGCUCGCGGACAUCAUGAAGAACCGCGAGGAGUUCUGGGUCAGCAGAGAGGAGUGGUUCGAGCAGGGCGUGCGCGCGCUCGACAAGCUCGGCCGCGGCGAAAACUAGACGUACGAAGCCGGACGACGAACAGACUUCGGAGAGGAGGAUAGGAAUAAUUGUGUACUAUUUUACUUGAACUCCAAGGAAAUCUACUUAACUGGCUCAAGCGGUGCGCGUACGCGUAGUCGUCACCGUUGAAGCCAAUAGGUCGGGACUGAGUACUGAGGCCCGAAGCAUGUGCCAGUCCAUUGAGCGGACAACAUACAAGUGGUAUAGAAUGCAUGCAGUGAUACUUUUGGCAGUGGAUGAGGUGGGGUGGGCGGCAGUCGUGCGAUAUUAAUCGUACGGCGACGAGUGGAGAGCACUUAGGCAUUAUAUGGGCAUAAGAUGGCAGGAGCCAAAGAGAUCCCGACAGAGAACCAUAGACGAUGGCAUAGGGGCAAGCGGUGCAGCCCGGGAGCGGCGCUAGACUGAGAAUGUAGGCCGGUAGCAAUGCGCCUACUUAGUCUCCCAGCGAAGGACGGCUUCGUAGAUGAAGAACAUGACCGCGGCGUUCGGGAUGACACGCAUAAGGUGUGCGCUGAGUCCGCCGUAUAAUGACCUGGCGCCUUCUUCCCGGAUGACGAGCUGCAGUGUCUGGACAAGACCGGUGUACUUGACUUUGCCGUCUACCAGAGGUUGUCGCAGUCGCGUGCGGAUGACCUCAUGCGGAUAUGUUAUCAAGCUAGCGACGCAUUUUGCUGUGCCCGCACUGCCAAGAAGACCUGCCCACUCCGCAAAGCCGCCUCGGCCCUCGACAUUCUGUGACAUCUUCUUCAGCCGCUCAUACAAAACCCACUGGAUCGUGCCUUCGGUCACGCCGAGGUAGCUCGCGCUCAAGCCCUUGUAGAACCCUCGCACACCUUCCUCACGCAUAAUCUUCUUAAUCAUAUCCCAAGACCCGCCAAAAAAGCUCUUUCUGCGUAGCUGCACGUUCCUCCGGUCGUCCGCCGCGAGCUGCAGGCGAGUCUUCACGACCCAAAUAGGGUUUGUCGCCGAGCCGGUCGCGACGCCUGCGCAGGCGGCAGCGCAGAGGUGGACCCAGGUCGCCUCCUGGCCGUCGUUAAACUUGUUCGCAAUGACAUGUUUGCCGUUGCCGUAUGUGAAGAAGUUUAUUGAUCGCGCUGGGAUAACACCGACGAGUGUUGGGCCAAGACCUUUGAACAGUGCUCGUGGCGACUCUUUCUGGUAUAUGUCCUUCAGAAUGUGUCCGGUCUCCACGAAAUGCCAGAGGAGGUUCGCUCGUCUCGGAAUGGCUACAGUCCCGUUGCCCGCACCGGCGAGGUUCAGAGUAGCGUGUUUCUCGCGGAAAAGGUCAGACUGCAGGCGUGUUUUGACGACGUCAAACGGGCUCGUGACGAUGGCACCGCACAUACCACCCACACCGCCGGCGACAAAGUGUUGCCAUGACUUGGCAGGGAGCCAACUCGACUUUGACGAUCCCGCAACUAGCGGUACUGUAUCAGACAUCUCGAGAAUGCGUCGGUGGCAGAGGACUGGUGCAAGACGUGGGCGAAAGG